UUCAACACGCGCCCCGGAAAAGACUGCAGACAGCUAAUUCUUUACUUCUAAACGUCGAUGCUAAUUUAAUUAUUUAAAACAUGCACAAAAUGCCUAGUACUGAAGUAGCGUAGCUAGACAUUAACAUUUAAUCUGUGUUUUUUGAAGUUAGUGCUAAAAUUAUUGUUUUUCUUUUAAUUCCCUCAGUUCUGUGCCAUCUGGCUAGCUAGCGUAGCUAACGUUAGCGUUGUUUUGUUUUUUUUCCUGCUCUUCGUGUCACGAGAAAGUCUACAGUUUAGCUAUCAGUUUAAUAAACGAGCUAAACUCUUUGUGGCCGAAGAAAGCGUACAGCUUUAUUACCAGUUUAAUAUAUGAACCAAGCGUUUCGUGUCGGGAGAAAAUCUGCAGUGUAGUUACCAGCUUGACACAUGAGUGUUUCACUUGUUGUGAUCCGUUUGGAGCUCGCAGACCAAUCUCUUAUGCCGCAAGGCUUUCAGUACUGUGCUGAUGAGGAGAUGUCAGAAGAGGAGAUGAGAGUGAAAGCCUUGGGCUCUGCCAAUAUUGCACUGGCUGGCAAGACAGAGCUGGAGAAAGCAGCCGUCCUCCAUCAACAUAUUGGAAGCAGGGCAAUGUCUGACAUGGUUAUUGAGACUUUAACAUCUAGUCCAGAUGCACCUGAUGAGAAGGAAGCUGAUCAUCCCACUAAUGUUGAGAGCAGCAGUUUGAAGGAGCAGACUGUUGGAGCUCCGGUUCCUGACUCACCCUCCAAACAGCUUCCAGACCAGAUUUCCUUCUACAGUGGGAAUCCAUCAGUAGAGAUUGUCCAUGGCAUCAUGCACCUCUACAAAACAAACAAAAUGACAUCCCUGACGGAGGAUGUGAGGCGCAGUGCUAUGCUUUGUGUGCUUACUGUCCCCACAACUAUGACCAGCCAUGACCUUAUGAAGUUUGUGGCACCCUUCAAUGACGUCAUGGAGCACAUGAAGAUUAUCCGGGAUUCCACACCCAACCAGUACAUGGUGCUUAUCAAGUUCAGCACCCAGGCUGAUGCUGACAGUUUCUAUACAGCCUGCAACGGCCGGCAGUUCAACUCCAUCGAGGAUGCUGUCUGCCAGUUAGUCUAUGUGGAGAGGGCAGAAGUGAUCAAGUCUGAAGAGGGGGCCAGUUUACCAGUGAUGGACUUGACUGAACUGCCCAAGUGUACCGUGUGUCUAGAGCGCAUGGAUGAGUCAGUGAACGGGGUACUUACCACCCUCUGCAACCACAGCUUUCACAGCCAGUGCUUGCUGCGCUGGGAGGAUGCCUCGUGCCCUGUGUGCAGGUACUGCCAGACCCCUGAGCCAGUCGAGGAGAAUAAGUGUUUUGAGUGUGGAGUGCAAGAGAACCUGUGGAUCUGUCUGAUCUGUGGCCACAUUGGCUGUGGCCGCUACGUUAGCCGCCACGCCUACAAGCAUUUUGAAGAGACGCAGCACACCUACGCCAUGCAGCUGACCAACCACCGUGUCUGGGACUACGCAGGAGAUAACUAUGUGCAUCGGCUGGUUGCCAGCAAGACGGACGGGAAAAUGGUGCAGUACGAGUGUGAAGGCGACUCCUGCCAGGAUGAGAAAAUCGAUGCACUACAGCUUGAGUAUUCCUAUUUGCUGACCAGUCAGCUGGAAUCCCAGCGCAUUUACUGGGAAAAUAAAAUUGUUCAUCUAGAAAAAGAAACAGCCGAAGAGAUCAGCAACAUGAAAGCCAAGUUUAAGGAGACCAUUGAGAAGUGUGACAAUUUGGAGCUCAGACUGAACGAACUAACCAAAGAGAAGCAGUCCAUGGAAAAGAAAUGCACACAACUGAACAGCAAGGUGGCCAAGCUGGGCCAGGAGCUGAGGGAGGAGCAGGAGAUGAACCGCUGCCUGAGAGCCAAUCAGCUGCAGCUCCAGACGCAGCUACAGGAGGAGGAGAGACGGGGCCGGGAGGCUGCCUCCCAAAAGGACGUUCAGAUUGCCGAGCUGCAAGAGCAGCUGCGUGACAUCAUGUUCUACCUGGAGACGCAGCAGCAGAUCAAUCAGAUGCCAGCUGACGCUCGCCAAGAGAUCCAGGAGGGUCAGAUCAACAUCGCCUCAGCUCCUGCACCUCCACAGCCCGGACCCUCUGCUGCAGGCUCAAGCAAGCUGGGUGGCAGGAAGGGGCGUGCCAAGAGAGGGAAGUAGCCAAUCAAUGGAGUGGGCUUGCAAAAAUGACAGACUUGGGGAAACUGCCUUGAAAUUGGCUGACUUUUGGUCAACUUUUGUCAGCUCUCUCAGCUGCCCACAUGUAGCAAGCUUGUGCCUCUAAAUAAGAGGUUGAAAAAGAUGCUGGCUGUACAAAGAGUAACAUACAUAUAGCACUAAUGAACCCUUCACAUCAGUGUGAGUCACUUUCACAGUUUAUCAGAAAUAUAUUUUGGGCACUUGUGGCUCCAGUGAGGGUUCUGCUUAAUCAAGUCUCUUGUGUGAUAUUUGAAUGUAGUGUACAGCAUUUAUGUAAAAGCUGUUGUAUGAUUGAGUUCUUUCAUGUGGCAAACAGCCCAGAUUUGAUCUUCUUUUUCUGUACAAAAACUUUGCACAGCAACACUAUGAGCAAAACAGGGAGGUAUUACCUGUGUCAGUUUGAGUGUAAUUCUGAAUACUCGUUUACUGUCUUUAGUGCCUAGAAAAGACAUAUUUUGUACUUUUCUGAAGCCAAAUACGAAAGUAUUAAAUCUACUUAAUCUGCUUUAAAAAGUCACCUUACCAAACUGUUGUUCUGACUUAGUUUAAUGCACAGUGACUUACAUUCUAUACCUAAAUAGCCUAAAACUGUCCCUCUGGCCACCUAUUUAAAAACUAUGUAGCAGGAGCCACACAAGUGCUGCUGAAGCGUAUGUCCAGCCAUUUUCCAGUACAGUACUCAGUAGCAGGAAAAUGCUGCAAUCCUUGAAUUAAAGUUGAGAUUGUUACACCAAACUGAAAGCAGUGGUCCAAAGUUCUACUCAAGUAUGCAUCUGUCAGAUCAGUUUUUAUCCAAAAGUUUUAUUGCAACAAUAACUGUUGUGAAUGAUGAUGCAUACCUUCCACUGUAAUGUAACUUUACUCUAUUAAAAAAAACAAAAAAAACACUGGACUGAAAGUGAACAUCUCUUUCCAAACAGUGGAUAACAAGUUGGCAAAAUCAGGAUUACUCAGUUAAAGCAAGGAACUUCAGAAAAACGAAGUAAAUGGUUAACUGUUUCAUUACACUACAUCUUUACUUUUCCUGUAGUUGCAGUUGAAAAACAUUCAGAAUUUUCAGCCUAAAGUCCAUCUGCUGCAUCUAACACUAACAAUGAAAUGGGUGCUAAAGCAGGUUCCCUUGGGCUUCAACUAUAAAGCUUUUAGAGCUUUUAAAAGUAAAGAGUGAAAAUGGCCGUGGUAAACAUUCUCCAUGCUAACUCGCCUCUACUUCCUACACUAUUAUAGCCUCUAAAGCGAAAUGUCCUGUGUUAAAGUCUAGAAACCUCCCUGCCUACUAAUGGUGUAACAUAAGCUUUUAUUUUAAAGGCACGUGCUUCGGUGUGGAUACUUUUAGGAACAAGCCAAUAAACUCAGCACUCGGAAUUCCUUCGGAUUUCCCCAGUCUGCGCGUGCGCGAGAGCAAAUGGCGGUACUAGAUAUAAGCAAGCAGGAUUGAAAUAUUCUUUAUCUUCCUGAUGAUGUAGGUUCAUAUUUUCAGGUAAAGCAGCGCGAGCUUUAAAUAAAGCUGUGGCAUUAAGUUUAUGUCACGUCUUCUUCUGUGAGUUUAUUGGCUGGUUGCAAAGCAGAAAUCCGAUUACUGUCUGGCUCCCGUAGACACGGAGUUUCCCAUUAUCUGAUUACUCGAGUGCAUGUAAAUAUGUUGAUCGGGUUACUGACAAAAUCUCAUUUUCUGCAGUUGUCGGAUUAUUAAGAGCAUGUAAACGAGAAAUGAUACAAAACUGAAACCAGAGAGGCCGAGGGCUGCAAUACAGCACUAGGGAAUACAAAUUAACAAAAAAUAACAUGAAAUAGCCAUUUAGCUGUAUAGCUAAAAAUAGUCCAAUGCCCUUUUUGUCCAAAAAGUGUUUCUCAGACACAAUACAUACAUCGUUAGCACGUUUGCUAAUCCCUUGCCUGGACAAUUGUCUCUUGCACUUUUAACAAUGCUUUUGAAAGAUUCGCCCAACCAGUGCUACAGCCUAGUACCAUCUCUGCUGGUCAGAACCUCGUCUGGACCAAACUUUCCUGCAUAAAUGAACAUUUUAUGUUCGCGACGACUCUAUUCUACGAAUCUAUUAGCGUCACAUCGCAACAUUUCACCGGAGGAGUUUUAUGCAUUGUCAUUAAUCACACCCUUCGUCAAUGCAUGUCCACAACUUAUCUUCAAUAUUCCCAAAAAACUAAUUAUUAGAAAACUAGAUUAACUUGCAUGACCUAAACCAGAACGUCAUCUCUACAACUGUGGCUUCUAGAGGGUUCCUGCUUUGCACAGCAAGAAUAUGAAUUACACACGCACACACACUUAAUGGAAAAUCCAAAAUGAAGGUGGAAUUUGGUCAUUUAAUUCCAUCAAAGGCCUGAACAAUUACACUUUAAUACAGCUUUGAAUUAUACCAUUGCGAUUAAGAUUAUUUAUUACAAUAUUAAACAUAAUGGCAAAUCAACUGAACACUUCCUUUUUUGGUACAUUUACAUUUUAUUAAAAAAAAAACAUCCUUUCACA